CCAAGGAGGGCUUAACCCCAGCUCAGCUGGAGCACGAGUACAUGGCCAUGAUUGGCAAGCCACUUCCUGUACAUGACCUGGGUUUCCAGUCCACUUUGGAGCUGGUGGCAGAUAUGCCUGAAGUUGUCAGAAUCUAUACUUGUGGGAAAGGCACUUUUAUCCUCAAAGCCAUUGCAGAUGAGACCACCAAAGCAAUUGCCAAACUGGUUGCUAGACAGAGGAGAAGUGCUAAGGAGCGGAAGAGUGCUGCUGUGAGGACAGAUGCUAUUUCUUCCCAUAAGAAUCCACAGAGUUUCCCUCGGAGGGGCAAGGCUCCCACCCUGCCAGCAACGGUGAAGGCUGAGUUGCAGGAUCUGCUGAGUUCCUCACCGCUUCUGCUCUUGGACUUUCAUAAUGCCUUCUUUAGACGCUUUGGCCGGGUGUUUGAGUACACACAAUAUGGAUUUUUCUCCAUGUCUGAAGUCCUGAAAAGUGUGUCUGAUAUCAUUGUGGUUGAGCAGACAAAAGCAGGUUCCUUGCUGACCCUGGAGAAGCAUCUGGCAAGUGAGAUAAAGAAGGAAGAGAUGCCGCAGGGUGAGACGUGGGAAGAGAUGCCGCAGGGUGAGACGUGGGAAGAGAUGCCGCAGGGUGAGACGUGGGAAGAGAUGCCGCACGGAGCAACUGCAGUUAGGAUGUCUCCUUUGGAACCCAUCUGUGAGACAGAGAGCUGUUAUCUAGCAGCAGAAGAGAAGUCAGAGCCAGUGAAAACACAAGCAGUAGAUUUGGGUGAUGGCCUCAAACAAACUCAGUAUUUGGAGCAGUCCCUACUAGACAAAUUGAUAAUGACUCCAGAAAUACCCCCAGAUGCUGUGCAGGACAGAAGUCUUUGCAGUUUACCACCACUGGAGAGAAGGUGUUUGGUGGGAGUCUUUGUGGAAGUAAUUGUCUCUCCUGGCCAGUUCUACGUUCACGUAUGCAGCGAGGAAACAUCUGAUAAACUGCAGGAUAUGAUGUUUGACAUGAGACACUGUUACUCAAAUAAACUUGUUUCUGAUCGUUAUAUCAUGCCUGAGUCUUCAGUACAGCCUGGACAGCUUUGCUGUGUAAUGAUCUCGAAAUGGUGGUACCGUGUUAUCAUCCACCGUGUGAUCAAUGACAAAGAUGUGGAGGUGUUCUACCCUGAUUACGGAAACCUCGAAGUUGUCCGAAAGUCUUGGCUGAGAUUCCUCAAGUGGUGCUACUUGAAGCUCCCUGCUCAGGCCAUCCCGUGUUCCUUGGCAUGGGUAAAACCCGUGGAGGGUACAUGGUCCAGUGCAGCAACUCUCCUGUUCAAGAACCUGUGUCAUUCCAAGCUACUUGUGGGCAUUGUGGAUGAAUAUGUCAAUGGCAUUUUGCAUCUUUUCCUGUGUGACACAUCCACUAAGGAGGAUGUCUACUUCCACUGUGUCUUGGAGGAUAAAGGAUAUGCUGACAUCUGCGGAAAGAACAUCCCCUCUGAGGGAUUCAAGGAACUGAAUCCUUUGGCCUUGUAUGUUCAGCCCCGUGAGAACUGGGAGAAUGCUGAACUGGUGGAGCCAGACCUUUGCUUGCAGCAGGAGUCUCUAGAUGCAGAUAACGCAACAGCAACUUCAAAGCUGGAUGGGAAUGAACUGUGUGAUCAGCAGUGGCAUCUGUCUGAUAAUGAGGAGACACAGGAUGAUGUGCAGCCACUUUUGUAUGAAGUGAGUGUCCCAGGAACAACACACCAAGACACUGAACUUGCACAGAAGGAUACAGGUGAAACUUCUACAGAUCUUGUGGCAGUGUUUAAGUCAGUGGAAGACUCUUACACCUCCUAUAUGUGCUCCAAGGAACCAGGAGGAAUAAGCCAAGAUAAGCCUGAUCAGAUAGAAAGAUUUUCCAACAAUCUCCAACUUCGUGAAGCUGUGCAUCCCUCUGUUCUCCUUAUGGCAAUGCCAUUUAUGGACAACCAUAACAAUGAAGAGCAAAUGAGGAGCAAAGACCAUCCUGGGAAUCUUGCAGUUAGCCUGUGCUUUGACAGUGGGCUGCCUGACCAGGGGCUAUCCCGGAAACUUUUCCUCCCUCCUACCACGCUACCUGCAGUGUUGGCAGCUGCACGCUUAGCCUCUUCCAGUAACUACUUCCACUGGCUCCCCAGCCUGAGAAAAAAGGUGUGAGAAGAGGGGAGAUGCUGGAGCAGCUGCCGGGGGCAGCAGAGGUCCUCUCUGUGACCUUGCUGUUACUUUCUUUGUUCAGAAAUGUUUAAUCGCUUGGAAGAACUUGGAGUCUUUCAUCUUUCCAUAUGUGCCUGGUACAUGUGAUAAAUGUUGCUUUUACUGUUAGGAAAAUAGUUUGGUUUUGUUGUGCUGGUUUAUUGCUCUUUAAUGGUUCAGGAGAACAUGUAAGUGUCACAUUGUUAUAUAUCCUUUAAGUUUAGGAGAGGGAAACUGACAACUUGUCCAUCCCUCCUUCAGUGCAGGAGCAGUUUGACAUUGUGUGAAGAGCUGGUUUUGGUUUUUAGCAUAGCGGAUGCUCUAUGCCCUCUUUGCUGUUAGAAGAACUGGUUGUAUCCCAGCUCACGCCUCAGUCCAUGGAGGUGCUGUUAACUUGCAAGAAGAAAAUGCUCUGAUUUGUUGUUAAAUUGUGAUGCCGCUUAUACGAAGCAUCAGGAAUCCCAUGUCACCGAUACUGAAUGAGAUCUCUGAAGAAUCCAGAGAAAGGAAGCUUAUGUUGGCCAUGUUUAUGUGGAUCCUUGCCUGUGGCAAGAAAUCCUUUUGGGCUUGAGUUUGUUAAUGCAAAGGAGAGCUGUGAAAAUAAAAGUACCCUGGUUGCGCA